AUGGCAGACUACAGCAAGCUGAAGGUCGCUGAACUGCGCGAUGUCCUCAAGGAACGAGGGAUCCCAUCAACCGGCUUGACGCGCAAACAGCAGAUCGUCGAUGCGCUUGAGGCACAUGAUGCGAGCCAGAACGAGACUGGAGAGGCCGGUGAUGCUCCUGCUGCCGACGUCAAUACGGAGGGUCGUGUGGAAGAAGCAGUGUCAUCCGAAGGCGACGGUGUCGUGAGGGAAGACGGGGUGGACAGCGGCCCAGUUGAAGCCGACCAGCCGCGAGAGGCCGGUAAAGCCGAUGCGGAGGGAAUGGUGGGCGAGAACAUGGAGGAUGUGGGCAAGGAGCAUGCUGUGACAAAUGGUGUCGAGCCAGACGCAACCUCUAUUCCAGUAUCUGAGGUGCAAGGUGUCUCAUCAUCAGAUGCUCAGCCGGCCACGAUCGCAGACGAGAAGAUGGAAGACCUAACCGCAACGCCUCAGAUGGCUUCGCCAGUCUCGGAUGGUCAAUCUUCUGAGAACCGGAAGAGAAAACGCCGCAGCCCGACUCCGCCGCCGAGCGAAGAUACCAUCAACAAGAAGCUGAAGGCUGCCAAGGAAGAGCCAGUGAAGCUUCCCAACGACGACGUGGUCGAGAAAGCUCCGGUGCCCUUUGAGACGAGCAGCAACCCAGCCGACAGCAAAGAAGCACUGCCAUAUAGCACCAGCGACGAUGUAAUGGAGGUCAGCGAUGCGCCUGUCGCUACAGAUCCUACGUCAGAUCUUACGAAUGAGGCUCCUGCGUCACGAAACAAGUUCGACGGCGACAUGGCAGACAAGACGGACGACACUACGAUGCGAGCGCACUCGCCGCUUGAGGACGGCACUUCUGGGCCAUCUUCAGUCCACCCAGUAACCCACAGCAUCUACAUCCGCGACCUCCUCCGUCCACUACAACCCCAACAGCUCCGCGACCACAUCGUCACACUUGCUGCUCGGCCUGGCGAAGAGCCCGACGACUCUGUGAUCACGACUCUCCACCUGGACAACAUCCGCACCCACGCCUUCGUCUCGUUCGCUUCUACCUCCGCUGCAUCACGCGUCCGCACUGCGCUUCAUGGCGUUGUCUGGCCCGAUGAGUCCACGCGCAAACAGCUGUGGGUCGAUUACGUGCCAGACGAGCAGGUGCAAGACUGGAUCGAUCGGGAAAUGGAGUCCGGCAACAGCAAGCGAGAUGUGCGCAGGUGGGAAGUCGAGUACGGCACCUUGAACGACGGAACCGUGACUGCAUCAUUACAAGAAAUUACUGCACCCACUGGACCUCGCCCAAGGACAAGUUUCAGCACUCAAGCUCCGGCACCUGGACAAGGCGUACUGAACGCUCCUCUUGGCCCACGCGGUCACCGGCCUUCCAUCCCCACCGAACACUCUGUUGCUCCCAUGGCCAGCAAGCAGAGCCCCAUCAACUCCACGCCUGCUCCCGCUACAUCCGCCUCCUUCAGCGUCCUUGAUGAGCGGUUCUCUUCGACUACUACAAAACCCAAGGUCUACUAUCUCCCAGUCUCUUCAGAGAUAGCUGACAAGCGGCUAGACACUCUAGAUCGCGAGACGAGCCGGACGUGGGAGGGUGGAAGGGCGAUGAAGACGGCGACGGGGAUUGAGCAGCAGGUGAGGAGGUAUACGUUUGAAGACGGAGACAGGCUGGUGGAUGGUGGGGUGGAGCGAGAGCAUGGGUACCGUGGACCUGGGCCUGGGCCGUGGAGAGGUGGGAGUGGAGGCCACAGGGGUGGGCGAGGGUAUGGGAGAGGAUGGAGAUGA